AUGAAGUAUAACGAUGUUGUCAUAAACGAGGCGGUUAUGAGGUCACGUGGUAAGUCCGGUUGUUCCACCUUUGCUAAGCGAGAAAUCCUCAAAUUGUCAUCGACUCCUCCGCCUCGAACACAGCGACCGACCGCCGACACCAACGAAAACUCGCAACCAUGCAGAUGUAGGUCGUCCCAAACUCUCGAUAGCCCGCAAUUCGUCAACGUUGAACGCAACCACCGCUACGAAGCAACCAAGCACAAGAACAAAACUGGAGAACAUGCCACUAAUACGGCUCGAUAUAGUUUCGUCAAGACCCUGACGGGUAAGACCAUUACCCUCGACGUCGAGUCGAGCGACACCAUCGACAACGUCAAGACCAAGAUCCAGGACAAGGAGGGCAUUCCCCCUGACCAGCAGCGUCUGAUCUUCGCCGGCAAGCAGCUCGAGGAUGGCCGCACCCUGAGCGACUACAACAUCCAGAAGGAGUCCACCCUUCACCUUGUCCUCCGUCUGCGUGGUGGUAUCAUUGAGCCUUCCCUCAAGGCCCUUGCCUCCAAGUACAACUGCGAGAAGUCCAUCUGCCGCAAGUGCUACGCCCGUCUUCCCCCUCGUGCCACCAACUGCCGUAAGAAGAAGUGCGGUCACACCAACCAGCUCCGCCCCAAGAAGAAGCUCAAAUAG